AACUCCAAGCUAGUGUUCCCUUUUGCUCAUUCCCCCUCCGCUAUAAAUCACCUACCCCCAUCUCUGAGUUUUUCACAGGGAAACAAUUAACCUUAUAUAUUGAUCUCCAUUUCAACAAUGGCAGCGAUAGUUUCAGUAGUACUUGCCCUUUUCAUCCUCUCCAUUUCUUCUUCUGUGAGCUCACUGAGCUCAAACUACUACGACAAAACAUGCCCACAUCUCGAGUCCGCUGUUACAAGUGCUGUCAAGACAGCCGUGUCAAAUGACAAAACAGUUCCAGCCGCUCUGCUUCGGAUGCACUUUCAUGAUUGCUUCAUAAGAGGUUGUGAUGCUUCUGUGCUGCUGGAAUCAAAGGGAAAGAACCAAGCGGAAAAAGACGGGCCUCCUAAUAUUUCAUUGCAUGCAUUUUAUGUGAUUGACAACGCAAAGAAAGCAGUUGAAGCUUUGUGCCCGGGGGUGGUCUCUUGUGCUGAUAUCCUGGCUUUAGCUGCUCGUGAUUCCGUUGCUCUGUCUGGAGGUCCCACUUGGGAAGUGCCAAAAGGGAGAAAAGAUGGAAGAAUCUCAAAGGCAACUGAGACCAGACAAUUGCCAGCUCCCACCUUUAACAUCUCUCAACUACAGCAAAGCUUCUCCCAGAGAGGCCUCUCCUUGGAAGAUCUUGUAGCUCUCUCUGGGGGCCACACGCUUGGCUUCACUCAUUGCUCAUCUUUUCAGAACAGAAUCCACAGCUUCAGCCCCACACUCGACGUGGACCCGUCGCUACAGCCAUCCUUUGCAAACAGCCUACGAAGCGUAUGUCCGGCGCACAACAAGGUGAAAAGUGCGGGCACCACUCUGGACUCUACCACGACAACAUUUGACAACGCAUACUUCAAGCUGCUUCUGCAAGGGAAGAGCAUAUUUUCUUCGGACCAAGCUCUCCUCACUAACCCAACAACAAAAGCAUUGGUCUAUAAGUUUGCCAGCUCCCAGAAAAAAUUUGAAAACGCUUUUGUGAAGUCCAUUAUCAAGAUGAGUAGCAUCACCGGUGGGCAAGAGAUUAGGCUCGACUGCAAAGCAGUUCGAUGAUUGAUCAGAAUCAUUUCCAUUUCAUGGUCCAUAUUAGAUUUCACUGUUUAAAAUCGUCUCGUCCAUUUUUUUUUUUUUUUUUUUGAGUGAUCCGGUGGAAUAUAUGUAAUGUGUAUUAUGUGCCUACUCGCAAGGUUGUGUUGUUUUUGAGACCGUUGAAGUGAACGGUGGUAUAGGACUAAAAUUAUCCAUG